AUGGACGUUGUGCAGGGUCCCGGGGACCAGGGCCGAGGAGCCGGAGCAGAAGGGGCAGCCUCUGUCGCCUUGUUGAGGGGUCGGCGAAGGUCUCCCCGACAACACACUGAGCAACGCACGAGGACGCGACCCUUCGGGGGAACGGGCGGUGACAGCGCCAUAAUAAUGCAGGAGUUACGUCACAGGGUCCAAAAUUUGGAGCGACAGUUAGCCGACCAAGAGCGCGAUGGACGAAGCACCGACCCCAGCUACACCCCGUCCCCUGAGAGCCAGGAGAGAGACUCCCACCAAAGCCGCCAGCGACGCACCUCCGCAUCCCGAACGGAAGCGGAGAGCACCCGUGAAGAGUCCCCAAUCCCGAGAAGACGAAAUGAUACCAUUAUCUACUCCCGUGGCAGAGAGACGCGCCGCAUGGCACGAGAUCGUGAGGACAUGAGGUCCGGGAGGACUCGACAACCUGUGAUAAUGGGCGUCACCCCGUUCCACCAUUCCAUCCUCGAAGUCCGGUUGCCGAAACACUUCAACAAACCAACGGACAUGAGGUACGAUGGAACUCAAGACCCCCUAGAACAUCUCACGGCCUUCGAGGCGAGGAUGAACCUAGAAGGAGUAGGGGACGAGGUAAGAUGCCGAGCUUUUCCGAUGACCCUGGCGGGACCCGCGAUCAGGUGGUUUAACGGCCUCCCGCAGGGAUCCAUCUACAGCUUCUCGGACAUCAGUCGUGCGUUCCUGGCCCAGUUUACGACGCGAAUAGCAAAGGCAAAGCACCCGAUCAACCUUUUAGGGAUAACACAAAGACAGGGAGAGCCGACCAGGAAGUACCUGGAUCGGUUCAACGACGAAUGCUUGAAAAUCGACGGCUUAACCGACUCGGUGGCCAGCCUUUGCCUGACGAACGGCCUCCUCAACGAAAACUUUCGAAAGCACCUUACCACGAAACCAGUUUGGACGAUGCAUGAGAUCCAGACGGUAGCCAAGGAGUAUAUAAACGACGAGGAAGUCAGCCGAGUCGUGGCUGCCAAUAAGCGGCAGUCCGGCUACAGCCAAGCUCGGCAACAGGGUAACGGAGAAAGAGCAAAGGAGCAAGCCAGGGAGGAGGCACCAAGCAAGACACCCAGGCCGUUCCCCCGGGUCGGGAAAUUUGCUAACUACACCCCACUCACUCUCCCCAUCAUGGAAGUCUAUCAGCAAAUAGCCGAGAAGGGCAUUCUGCCGAAGCCCCGACCAGUCAAGGACCGUACGGGAGGAAACAAGAACCUCUAUUGUGACUACCACAAGGGUUACGGCCACCAAACGCAGGACUGUUUCGACCUGAAGGAUGCACUCGAACAAGCGAUAAGAGAAGGUAAACUAGCAGUAUUCUCUCAUCUUAUCAGAGAACCGAGGAGGUGCUACCGCGACCAAGACGAAGAAGGCAAAACCCGCUCGGUGAAACGGCGACAAGAGCCAGAAGAAAGGGAUCACGGCCUCACUGUGAUAAACGUAGUGACAGCCAAAAAUGCCGCGCCAAAAUCCCGAUCGGCACACAAGAAAGAUGCUAAGGUCUUGACGGUCUCCUCCCCGUUGGUGCGAAACUCUAAGAAACCCCCCUCCAUUUCUUUCGGCCCGGAAGAUCAAUGGUUCAACGACGCCCCAGAAAAUCCCCCAUGGUCAUUACGGCCAGAGUGGGAACUGGCCUCGUCAAACGCAUCCUUGUCGACACAGGAGCUGAUUCAAACAUCAUGUUCCGCAACGUGUUUGACGCACUUGGGCUAA